AUGUCGGAAGGUGCUGAAAUUGAUGAGCGUGUUGAUCUCGAUGAGGAACAUUAUAUGGAAGAAAUGGAUGAUGAUGUUGAGGAACAGAUAGAUGACGAUGGAGUGGAUGUAGGUGAAGAUGAAAAUGCUGAAGGUAGUGGUGAAGAUAAUGAGUACGAGGAGUCAGCAGCAGAGGUUGGUGGAAAAGAACAAUUUCCUGAAGGAGAAAAGAGUGAUCGUGCCGCUGAAGAAGACGAGCGAAAAUCACCUCUUAUUGAUGACGAUGAGAGAGAGAAGUACGAUAAACUUCUCGCCCUUCCUCCUCAUGGUUCUGAAGUAUUUAUUGGUGGACUUCCUCGGGAUACAUGUGACGAUGAUUUAAGGGAAUUGUGUGAGCCAAUGGGUGAUAUUGUUGAGAUUAAAUUAAUCAAAGACAGGGACACCGGAGACAGCAAGGGUUAUGCUUUUGUGGCUUUUAAAACGAAGGAGGAGGCACAAAAGGCCAUCGAGGAUAUACAUAACAAGGAAUUUAAGAGCAAAACUUUGAGGUGUUCGCUGUCUGAAACCAAACACAGAUUAUUCAUCGGUAAUGUUCCAAAAACAUGGACAGAGGAUGAGUUUAGGAAAGCCGUUGAGAGUGUUGGUCCAGGGGUUGAAAGCAUUGACCUCAUAAAGGAUCCUCAAAAUCAAAGCAAAAAUCGUGGGUUUGCUUUUGUUUUGUAUUACAACAAUGCUUGUGCUGAUUAUUCACGACAAAAGAUGUCAAAUUCAAGUUUCAAGCUAGAUGGAAAUACACCAACUGUGACAUGGGCUGAUCCAAAGACCUCACCUGACAAUUCUGCUGCUUCUUCACAGGUUAAAGCCCUAUAUGUGAAAAACAUACCUGAGAAUGUUACCACUGAUCAACUAAAGGAGCUAUUUCGGCGUCAUGGGGAAGUAACGAAAGUGGUCAUGCCACCUGGCAAAGCUGGAGGGAAACGAGAUUUUGGUUUCAUUCAUUAUGCAGAGAGGUCAAGUGCAUUGAAAGCUGUAAAAGAGACAGAGAAAUAUGAAAUUGAUGGCCAAGCUCUUGAAGUUGUAAUUGCCAAGCCUCAAGCUGAAAAAAAACCUGAUGGAGGCUAUGGAUACAAUCCUGGACUCCAUCCUAACCAUCUUCCACAUCCUGGUUAUGGUAAUUUUUCUGGAAGUCUUUAUGGUUCUGUGGGGGCUGGAUACGGUGUUGCUGCUGGUUACCAACAGCCAAUGAUAUACGGUAGGGGUCCAAUGCCAGCAGGAAUGCAGAUGGUUCCAAUGGUUUUACCAGAUGGCCGAAUUGGCUAUGUCCUCCAACAGCCUGGUGUACAGGUUCCAGCUCCCCGACCCCGCAGAAAUGACCGAGGAAAUGGUCCAGGUGGUCAGCCCGGGCGUGGAGGAGGUAGUGGUAAUGAUGAAGGAAAUCGUAACAGAAGGUAUCGACCCUAUUAG